GGAGAAGUUCCCCAAGAAGGGUUCGAGCCAGACCUUCAGCAAAGCCGCCCGCCUCAAGUGGCAGUCGCUGGAGCGGCGCAUCUUCGACAUCGUCAUGCAGAGGAUGACCAUUGUCAACCUGGAGGCUGACAUGGAGCGUCUCAUCAAGAAACGCGAGGAGCUGGCGCUGCUGCAGGAGGCGCUGCUGGGCAAGAGGGCGAAGCUGCAGGCGGAGAGCCCCAAGGAGCAGAAGGGGCUGCAGGAGCUGAACGAGGAGAUUGAGGUGCUGGGGGCCAACAUUGACUACAUCAACGACAGCAUUUCCGACUGCCAGGCCACCAUCAUGCAGAUCGAGGAGACCAAGGAGGAGCUGGACUCCACGGACACCUCGGUGGUGAUCAGCUCUUGCUCCCUGGCUGAAGCUCGGCUCUUGCUGGACAACUUCUUGAAGGCCUCCAUCGACAAGGGGCUGCAGGUGGCGCAGAAGGAGGCGCAGAUCCGCUUGCUGGAGGGGCGGCUGCGGCAGACGGACGUGACGGCUUCCUCGCAGAACCACGCCAUCCUGGAUGCCCUGCGGGAGAAGGCCGAGUCACACCCCGAGCUGCAAGCCCUGAUCCACAACGUCCAGCAAGGUGAGACCUGGGGCUGGCGCAUCCUCGGGCCGGGCGCGCUGCCUGUGGGCAUCUCCCAGUCUUUCACCAUGAAGGGCUCAGCAAGCCAAGAUGACUUCAAGUUCAAGGGAGAGCCCAAGCUCUCCGGACAGAUGAAAGCAGUGUCGGCUGAGUGCCUAGGACCCACGCUGGACGCCUCCACCAAGAACAUCACCAAGUCCUUGGCAUCCCUUGUGGAGAUCAAAGAGGAUGGGAUCAGCUUCUCCAUCAGAGAUCCCUAUUACAAAGAGAAGGUGUCGCGCACCAUCAGCCUGCCCACACGAGGAAGCACCUUUCCCAGGCAAUCUCGUGGCUCAGACACUUCACCUCUGACAAGGAGGAAAUCCUACGACCGUGGGCAACCUGCCAGGCCUCCAGACGUGGGCUUCACACCUCCCUCAUCCCCGCCCACCCGUCCACGCAACGACCGCAAUGUCUUCUCCCGUCUCACGAGCAACCAGAGCCAGGGGUCUGCCUUGGAUAAGUCUGAUGACAGCGAUUCCUCUGUCUCGGAGGUGCUGAGGGGCAUCAUUAACCCAGUGGGCGGCACCAAGAACGCCCGGACGGCCCCGCUGCAGUGCGUCUCCAUGGCAGAGGGACACACCAAGCCCGUGCUCUGCCUGGAUGCCACCGACGAGCUCCUCUUCACUGGCUCCAAAGACCGCAGCUGCAAAAUGUGGAACCUGGUGACGGGCCAAGAAAUCGCUUCCCUCAAGAGUCACCCGAACAACGUGGUUUCCAUCAAGUACUGCAGCCACACGGGGCUGGUGUUCACCGUGUCCACGUCAUACAUCAAAGUGUGGGACAUCCGUGACUCGGCCCGGUGCAUCCGCACCCUCACAUCUUCCGGACAGGUGAUCUCUGGGGACGCGUGUGCCGGGACCACCACCCGCACUGUCACCAGCGUGCAGGGGGAGCACCAGAUCAACCAGAUUGCUCUCAACCCCACGGGCACCACGCUCUAUGCCGCCGCUGGUAACUCCGUCCGCAUCUGGGAGCUGAGCAGGUUGCAGCCCGUCGGGAAACUGAGUGGCCACAUCGGGCCGGUGAUGUGUCUCACAGUAAACCAGACAGCGAGCAACCACGACCUGGUGGUCACAGGCUCCAAAGAUCACUACGUCAAGGUGUUUGAGAUUGCCGAGGGCAUGGUGGGCAACAUUGGCCCCACUCACAACUUUGAGCCCCCUCACUAUGAUGGCAUCGAGUGCUUGGCCAUUCAGGGAGACGUCCUCUUCAGCGGCUCCCGUGACAACGGCAUCAAGAAAUGGGAUCUGGAGCAGCAGGAACUCAUCCAGCAAAUCCCCAACGCCCACAAAGACUGGGUCUGUGCCCUGGCCUUCAUCCCCGGCCGCCCCAUGGUGCUGAGCGCUUGCCGAGGAGGCAUGAUCAAAGUCUGGAACGUGGAUAACUUCACCCCGGUUGGGGAGAUCAAAGGGCACGACAGCCCCAUCAACGCCAUCUGCACCAACUCAAAGCACAUCUUCACUGCCUCCAGCGACUUGACAGUGAAGCUCUGGAGCGGGAGGAGGUUACCCGCGGGCUCCAACUAG